AUGAAGCCUCAGACUGUGGUUCUUCUUUCUCUCUUCGGCCUAGCAGCUUCAAUAGCCAUACCUCCCAAUGCCCGUGGUGAAGCUGACGAAGUCAUCGAGGACUACAACACCGCGGCCGAGAUGGAUACGCGGGACACACUGGAACCCAGAGCCUAUCCCCAUUGCCUGAGUUAUAAGGAAUGCAAAGGUGGCUGGUGCCACAAGGGUAACUGUCUGGACAACGUGUGCAAGGGAGCUAAUAUGUGCCCUAAGGGCUUUUUGUGUGAAGCGGGUGAUGCUACCAUGGAGGCUUUGGAUGGUGGCGGUCUGGCUGUUGAGAUAGUGAAUGAGUGA